CGGGUUUUAUGUUUUGUAAAAGAAAGAUUGAUGCUUUUUUUUUUUUUUCUUUUUUUUCGUUUUUGGGGUUAAUUGAGCAUUUAUAACAAGACAACUUUUAGCAUCUUGAAUUUUGUGAUCUGGGUGGUGUUUUGUUUUUGAUUUUAUGUCGGUUAUUUUUGGAUUUCUCUGUUAAUUCAGAUCGGUUACAGGCAAUAAUUGGUAAAAAUAGGGACAGUUUUCUUUGUAGGAUUCUUUCUGUGUAUUUAAUCUUAUUACCCAAUUUGAGUAUAACCUAAGCAAGAAACAAAGAAAAAAGAAUUUAAGAAUCUUGGGGGAUUUUGUUUGUAAUUGAUUUGAUUUGAUUUAGCUGUGUGAAUUGAAGAAAGAAUCUUGAUGAUGGUAUUUAUUGAGAUAUUAAAACUAGUGGUUUAAUAUUUGGGUUCCUGGUCUUCUCCUUUUGUCUGUGUGUGCAAGAUAGAUGGGAAGGGGAGGGAAGGUUAAUUCUAAGAGAAAUUUUAAGGAUAGGGUUAGGUCCAAAGAUAAGGGCUCUGAUGAUUCUGAUGAGGAUUAUGUAGUUGAAAUUGAGGAAAAUGUAUCUGAUGAUGAUUCAGAGGAUUUGGGGAAUUCUUUAGAUGAGUAUGCAUCAGAGGAGAGUUUUGGUAGUUUCGUUGAAGAGGAGGAAGAGGAGUUUAGGAAGAUAGUUAGAUCGAAAAAUAACAAGGGUUCUCGAGCAAAUGGGAAAAUUGGGGCUAAAGCUUCACGGAAGAGACAAAGGGUAUGUUAUGAGGAGGAGGAGGAAGAUGAAGGAGAUGAGGAUUAUGUUAACGAUGAUGAUGAUGAUGAUGAAGAAUUUAGUCCAGAUGAUGAAGAUGAAUUUUUGGAUGAGGAUGAAGAAUUGACAACAAAAAAGAAGACUAAUAACAUGAAAGUGGGCAAGAGAAACAUGCAAAAUAGGGGCUCCAGACGAGGUAGAAAAAAGAGGAGGAAGUCGAGAGUUUCAAAGAAACCCUUAGCAAAUAAAGGAAGAAACAAUCGUAGGUUGAGGAAGAAAGAGAGGUGUGAAUUCGAUGAUGAAUAUGAAGGUGAGUUUAUAGAUGAUAGUGCUUUUGUGAGAGCAAGGAGCAGCAAAAAUUCAAGUGCAAGGAGUAGAUAUGCUGUCUAUUCAGAUUCAGAUUUUAUGUCAUCUGGAUCAUCUGAUUAUGAGUAUACCAUCUCGGAAGAAGAGAGAGAGCAGGUGAGGGAAGGUAGCAAGUUGUUUGGAGUAAAAACUAGUCUGAGGAGUUCAUCCUCUAUAAGGAAAACCCAGGAGAGUGGGGAUUUAUGCCAACAAGGAAAGUCUCUGGCAAGAAAAGGUAAGGAGAAGGUAAAGGAAGUCAAACCUGAGCUGGGAAAGCAAAUGUGUGGAAUUUGCCUUUCGGAAGAAGAUAAAAGAAGAUUGAGAGGAACCCUAGAUUGCUGUAGUCACUAUUUCUGCUUCACUUGCAUCAUGGAGUGGUCAAAAGUAGAGUCCCGUUGCCCUUUGUGCAAGCAGAGAUUUAAAACAAUAACUAAGAAUGGGAGAGCAGCUGUUGGAGUUGAGCCGAGAAAUGUAGUGAUACAAGUUCCCAAGCGUGAUCAGGUCUAUCAACCAUCUGAGGAAGAGAUCAGGAGCUUUAUUGAUCCAUAUGAAAAUGUAAUUUGUACAGAAUGUCAUGAAGGGGGAGAGGAUGGCCUCAUGUUACUCUGUGAUCUCUGUGAUUCACCUGCACAUACCUUUUGUGUUGGCCUUGGACGGCAAGUACCUGAAGGCAAUUGGUACUGUGAAGUCUGUAGACCUGUUGCUCUUGGAUCCACAAGCUCCCAAGCUCUAGAUCCAAUGCCUGAUCAAAGGACAACAAACAACAUUUUUAGUCGACCAUCGCCUGAUACAAAUUCUGUAGAAGGCUUUGAUGCCACUUCAGAGCCUUCACCUCGACUGGCAUUCGCUCCAGGGUUUGGGAGUCUGUCAUCUCCCAGAUUUCCUGCUGGUGAUGUUCAGGCAGCUUCUCCAGUCUCUGGAGCAGGGGGAUCAACUUUGUCACAGAGACGCCAGCUACACCGUCAUAUACAAAAUCUCAUUUCAAUGAGCAGAAUGCAUUAUAUGGCUAAUAGAACUGAUGGCAUAUCAGCUGCCAACUUGCAUAUAGAUCUUUCAAACCCUCACAAUGAUCAAUGUAGGGAAACCAUUGUUCAAAAUUCAAGGACACAAGAAAUUGGGGCAUCGCAAAGUACAUUUCUUGAUGAGAGAUUGGAAGCAAAUGACUAUCCGUCUUCGUCAAUGCAAAAUGGUGAUCUAUUUUCUUCAAGAUCAAGCCAAAUGAGAACACAAGCAUUACAGGAUCCAGUUGCUGCAACUGCUGCCAGGCCUGUUAAUCUGACACUAUGGCCUGAACUCCCGAUGAUCAAUUCUAUACCUGUGCAUGGCCAAUUCCAUCAGUGCAACAGCGGACAGGGCAUGGCAUCUGAAGUUAAUUUGUCACCUUGCAGAGCUAGAGAAGAAAGCCAAUUCUAUGUGGUAAAGGAACAAUUGCAAUCAAUGGUUCAAAGUCAUUUGAAAAGCUUGUCUCAAGACAUUGAUUUAGGCCCUGAUACUUUUAAGGACAUUUUAAGGAGUUCUACACAUACCAUCUUAGCUGCUUGUGGUCUGGAGCAUAAGAGGAGUGAAGUUCACUUUGUGCCUCCACCAUCGAUUUGUGCCCAUGGUGAUAGACUGAUUGCUGGACAGACGAGCAUACUGAAAGGUUUUUGCUCGUCUUGUUUUGAUUCCUUUGUAAGGGACGUAGUGAAGACGAUCAUGGAUACGAGAUUGCCACAGUGGUUAAGUUUAGGUCUUUAGUCUUUUGACACAGAGAGUGUUUUUCAUUGCACUCUCGUUUUUUUGUUAGGAGUUAGACAAAACAUUUUAUGGUCAACUUGUUUAUAGAUAUAAUUGUCUCUGACAUUGAGCAUUGAAGGGCUCCAUUCUAAUUUGAUUACGACACUCAAUUGUUGUUAAGACAAAAGCCAUAAUGUUGUUAUUACUGAUUCACAUUUUA